CACAACAUCCUGCCUCGCAUCAGUCUUACUCGAAUUGCGCACUCGCUCGGUCCACGCAAUGAUCACGAUCGCUAUAGUGCUAAUAGUGCUUGUCGCGCUGUACCUUUAUAAUGUCAGAACAUUUGACUACUGGGAAAAACGAGGUGUUAAACACGACAAGCCAGUGCUACUCUUUGGCAACAAUGCCGACAACUAUCUUAUGCGUAAAAGCGUUACCGAAAAAGCUGUUGAAAUGUAUCGGAAGUAUCCUAACGAAAGAAUCGUCGGCUUCUUUAGAUCCACUAGGCCAGAGCUCGUAAUAAAGGAUCCGGAGAUUGUGAAGCAUUUGUUGGUUAGCGAUUUUUAUCACUUUUAUCCGCGCGGUCUUACCCCUAAUAGGAAAUAUAUUGAGCCAAUUAUGCGGAACUUGUUUUUUGCGGAUGGAGACCUAUGGCGGUUGUUGAGGCAGCGCAUGACGCCGGCGUUCACGAGCGGCAAGCUGAAGGCGAUGUUCCCGUUGAUCGUGGAGCGCGCGGAGCGGCUGCAGGAGCGCGCACUCGCUACCGCCGCUGGUACCCGUACCAUCGACGCUCGUGACCUGAUGGCUCGCUACACUACUGACUUCAUUGGUGCCUGCGGCUUUGGCAUUGAUGCCGACUCGCUCAACGAAGAGGAAUCGGCUUUUCGAAAAUUAGGCGCUAGCAUCUUUAAAAUCGAUGCCAUGCGUUUUUUUAUUUCGAUUUUAAAACAGAUUAUGCCCAGACUGUUCUACCCUUUAAGACCAAUGGCUCAGAUAGACAAGGGCAUAAAAGAACUGGUAGGUGCAAUUUUAAAGGAAAGAAAAUAUGAACCAUCAAGCAGGCAUGACUUUAUCGAUCUUCUGAUAGAAAGCAAGAAAAAAGGGUUAAUGACAGGGGAAUCAAUAGAACACAUGAAACCUGACGGAACCCCAGAGAUUGCUAGUCUAGAAAUGGAUGAAGAGUUGAUGGCUGCUCAAGUAUUUAUAUUCUUUGCUGCUGGGUUUGAGACGUCGUCUUCGGCCACUAGUUUUACUUUACACCAAUUGGCUUAUAACCCUGAUGUACAGAAAAAAGUACAAGAGGAAAUUGACAGGGUUCUUGCUGAGCACAAUAAUAAGCUCAGUUACGAAGCUGUGAAAGAAAUGACUUAUCUAGAUUGGACAUUUAAAGAAGGCAUGAGGAUGUUUCCAUCGCUUGGAUUCUUAAUGAGGGAGUGUUCUCGUAAAUAUACUAUCCCGGAGACUGAUGUCACUAUAGACGAAGGAGUUCGCAUUCUAGUACCUUUACAGGCUAUGCAUAUGGACCCUCAGUACUUCGAGAAUCCUGAAGAGUUCCGGCCGGAGAGGUUUAGUCCAGAAGAGUUUAAUUCGGUGCAGAAGAGUAUCUAUUUGCCGUUUGGUGUUGGUCCUCGCGCAUGCAUCGGUGAGAGGCUGGGCCUGAUGCAGUCUUUGGCAGGGCUGGCGGCCGUCCUCUCAAAGUUUACAGUAACACCGGCACCAGAAACCGUGCGGCGGCCUAAAGUGGAACCCAAGUCAGGCAUUGUGCAGAGUAUAAAAGGGGGCCUGCCUUUAAUGUUUAAGGAGAGAAAGUAAACCGAAAAGGUCUGCAAAAUUCUAAGCUGUAAUACUCUAAAAUUCUAAGAUUAAAGCUCAAACUGUUUAGACGACAACGGCUUCACUCACUUGAAUUUCACACUCACUUGAAACAUGUCGCCAAAAUCGACUAAAAACUCAAGUGAGUGAAACCGUUGUCGUCUAAACGGUUUAAAAUAUAUCUCAUCAUCAUCAUCAUCAUCAUCAUCAGGCUAUAGUAGUCCACUGCUGGACAUAGCCCUCCCCUAAAGAGCGCCAUAGCGCCCUUGUCCUCAGCUUGCCGCAUCCAGCAUCUGCCUGCAGUCUUUCGCAGAUCGUCAUCCCACCUGGUCGGAAAACCUCGGUCCUGGUCGGUCGGUCUCUGGUCGGUGGUGGUGGUGGUGAAAAUAUAUCUCACGACAGUUUAAUUUCGAUUAAAGCUCAAAUUCAAACUAUUAGCAGUUAAUGAAGAAUAUGGUAAACUUUCUUAAGCUUGCGUUCAAAAAUCAACUCCGAUUCUCAAAAAUCGAUGAUCAAUGUUUCCCCGCGAUUGAAAAUAACCCCAGUUUACCGGUAGGUACUCACACGAGUUGUUAUUAGUCAGUAAUUCUAGCUAAUCAUAAAUAAAUAGUUGUAGCUCUAAUUGUAUCGAUAAAUUAUGAUAAGACUUUAAUUAAUCAUAAGUACAUACCUAGAUGAGUGAUUAAAUGCAAUUAUUCAUCUUUUUGCUGUGGAUGGUCAUCUUAAGAAAUACCUACUAGCAAAACUAACCUAGAAACUUCCCAUACAUAACUAUAACCAUAACUUGACUGACGGUUUGGUAUCAACCACCCCUUUCUUAGCUAAAUAGGUUUUAUUCGUACUUAGGACAUACUGAAAGUUCCUACAAUGUCAUAAACUGUAGUAGAUAUGUAUCAUUUUCAUUUCGGAAUUCAUACAUUUUUUUUCGUAUUCAGUAUUACCAAGUGGCAACUAUGUAAGUAAAAAAAAAAACUACUAGUCCUACUUAAAGUUAAACAGUUCAAUUGCAUGUAUUUUUAUGACACGACGGCGUUGGCAAACAAGCGUAUCUUUUCGCUCAAGAUCACGACCAUCGUAUUAGAACAGCGGUCGGCAACAGGCGGGGCGCGGGCCGCAUGCGGCCCGCGAAUCUCUCACUUGUGGCCCGCGAGCCUCCCUGGCUAUUUUGUAUGUAAUAUUGACAAACGACAAUGUCUGUUAAAGUCAUCAAUAUUAACAAACUGCGGCUCGCGUCCACUUCGUUAACUGCUAUGUGGCCCUUAGCUGCUAAAAGGUUGCCGACCGCUGUAUUAGAAUAUCGUAAAUAUUGUAGGUACCUAUAUGACUCAUUUGCUGUGAGAUUGAAUGAUACUUAAUAGUAUCUAUUAUUUUACUGUGAUAUACCUACUAAUGUUCAAUACUAUUAUUAUUGCUUCACAGGAGAAUCGAGUACAUUUCUGCAAAUAGUACAAACUUUCUUAGGUUUUAGGUAUACAUUUUUUAUUUUAUUGUACCUACUUAUAACCGUUUUAAUUAUCUUCUUUAGAAAUAAAGUUAUUAGUUUAUGUA